AUGGUGAUGAGUUUCCGAGUCUCAGAUCUUCAGAUGUUGCUGGGUUUCGUUGGCAGGAGUAAAAGCGGACUUAAACAUGAACUAGUCACCAGAGCAUUGCAAUUGGUGCAAUUUGACUGCAGCCCUGAGGUUUUCAAGAAAAUUAAGGAGCUCUAUGAGACUCGCUAUAACAAGAGGAGCUCUGAAGCUGCUCAGCCCCAGCCCCAGCAGCACCGCUCCGCAGAGGCACUCUCCAUACACACCAACUACGACCGCGGGAGCACCAUUCCCCGGACUACUAUCCCCACCACUAACAUUGACUAUCCUGCUCUCUAUGGGAAAUACCUUAACGGACUGGGGAGGUUGCCACCCAAAGUUGCAAAGCCUGAAGUUCGCCUGGUGAAACUUCCCUUCUACACAACCCUGGAUGAGCUGUUGAAGCCAACAGAAUUAGUUCCACAGAAUAAUGAGAAGCUUCAGGAAAGUCCAUGUAUUUUUGCAUUAACACCGAGACAAGUGGAGUUGAUCAGAAAUUCCAGGGAGUUGCAACCUGGUGUGAAAUCAGUUCAGGUUGUCCUAAGAAUCUGUUACACAGACACUAGUUCUCCUCAGGAGGAUCAGUACCCCCCGAACAUCGCCGUGAAAGUGAACCACAGCUACUGCUCCGUGCCGGGCUACUAUCCAUCAAACAAGCCUGGAGUGGAACCUAAAAGGCCCUGUCGUCCCAUCAACCUCACCCAUCUCAUGUACUUGUCUGCAGCCACCAAUCGUAUCACUGUUACCUGGGGGAAUUACGGGAAGAGCUAUUCCGUGGGGCUGUACUUGGUGCGGCAGAUGACCUCAGCAGAGCUGCUGCAGAGGUUGAAAACCAUUGGGAUCAAACACCCGGAACUCUGCAAAGCCCUUGUAAAAGAGAAGCUACGCUUGGACCCAGACAGCGAAAUUGCCACUACAGGUGUUCGUGUCUCACUGAUCUGCCCGCUGGUGAAGAUGCGGCUGUCUGUGCCGUGCCGGGCAGAGACCUGUGCACAUCUGCAGUGCUUUGACGCAGUCUUCUACCUACAGAUGAAUGAGAAGAAGCCCACGUGGAUGUGCCCUGUGUGUGACAAACCAGCACCCUAUGACCAGCUAAUAAUUGAUGGGCUCCUCUCAAAGAUCCUGACAGAAUGUGAAGAUGCAGAUGAAAUCGAGUACCUGGUGGAUGGCUCCUGGUGUCCCAUCAGAGCUGAGAAGGAGCGAAGCUGCAGCCCUCAGUGUCCCAUAUUAGUUCUAG